UGCUCCAGUAUGAUGUCAGCGCUGGAGAUGUUGGACUUGGCGAGAUUUCACCCUCACUUUUUCAUUGGAGCUCAGCGGAUGAAGGUGGAGGAUCAGCAUCACCAUCAUCUUCCUCCUCUCUGCUGCCUGAUGCUUUAGUUGGUGUUGCUGCUGCUCCAGGAUUCAUCUCUGUCUGGGCUUUUUCUCAUUUUGUACAUCAGGAUAAACACAUUUUUGAUCUUUUUGCUUUAUGGAAACACUUGGCUUUGCUUACCUUCAGUAGGAAUAAUCAGACGGAAGGUCUGGACGGACAAUCCGGUUAAAUAUUUCCGCCGCCCGAGUCUAGUUUGUUUUUGGGGGCACGGAGCCGCGAAGCUGCUGUCCGCGUGGAGCGGUGCCGAAGUCUCGCGUCCGGGCGCCAGGAGCUCCGCCAAGCCGCGCGACAUGGCCACGAACGGCGCGAAAGCCUCAGACGGACACGUCCUAACAGAGGUCAACGCGGCGCCCGCGGCCAACGACAAGCCCAAGACUCUGGUGGUCAAAGUGCAGAAGAAAAAAGAGCUUCCGGAACGGGAAACAUGGGGCGGCAAGUUCGACUUUCUGCUCUCGUGCGUCGGUUACGCCAUCGGGCUCGGAAAUGUCUGGAGGUUCCCUUAUCUGUGCGGCAAGAACGGAGGAGGAGCCUUCUUGAUUCCAUAUUUUUUGACACUCAUAUUCGCUGGUAUGCCCUUGUUUCUCCUUGAGUGUUCUCUCGGUCAGUACACCUCCAUCGGUGGCCUUGGAGUGUGGAAACUGGCUCCCAUGUUCAAAGGUGUCGGCCUGGCGGCAGCAGUUCUAUCCUUCUGGCUUAACAUCUACUAUAUUGUCAUCAUUUCCUGGGCCAUUUACUAUCUAUACAACUCCUUCACUACAGAGCUCCCAUGGAAAUCCUGCAACAACCCCUGGAAUACAGAGCAAUGCUUUUCCAACUACAGCUUGGCAAACACGUCUAACAUGACCAGCGCCGUCGUGGAGUUUUGGGAACGGAAUGUGCAUCAGCUUACGGAUGGUCUGGAAAAACCAGGGGAGAUCAGAGUGCCACUGGCAAUAACACUGGCCAUCGCAUGGGUCCUGGUCUACUUUUGUAUCUGGAAAGGUGUGGGUUGGACAGGAAAGGUGGUCUAUUUUUCAGCCACAUACCCUUACUUCAUGCUGCUUAUCCUGUUCUUCCGUGGAGUUACACUGCCUGGAGCUAGAGAGGGCAUUCAGUUCUAUGUCACACCUAACUUUGAAAAGCUGAAGGAGUCAGAAGUGUGGCUUGAUGCUGCCACUCAGAUUUUCUUCUCUUACGGACUCGGCCUCGGGUCUCUGAUCGCGCUUGGGAGCUACAACCCCUUCAACAACAACGUUUACAAGGACGCCAUCAUUGUAUGCUGCAUCAACUCCUUCACCAGCAUGUUUGCUGGAUUUGUCAUUUUCUCUAUUGUGGGCUUCAUGGCUCAUAUCACAAAGCGGUCUAUUGCCGAUGUAGCUGCAUCAGGUCCAGGCUUGGCAUUUUUAGCUUACCCAGAGGCUGUUACUCAGCUGCCCGUUUCACCACUUUGGGCAAUUCUGUUCUUUUCCAUGCUGCUUAUGCUUGGAAUUGACAGUCAGUUCUGUACAGUAGAGGGUUUCAUCACUGCGUUGGUGGACGAGUUUCCCCGCUUAUUGCGAGGACGACGAGAAAUUUUCAUUGCUGCCGUCUGCGUUGUGUCUUAUAUCAUCGGACUGUCAAACAUCACGCAGGGUGGCCUCUAUGUGUUCAAGCUUUUUGAUUACUACUCUGCCAGUGGAAUGUGCCUGCUCUUCCUGGUGUUCUUUGAGUGCAUCUCCAUAUCCUGGUUCUACGGUGUCAAUAAGUUCUAUGGAAAUCUUGAAGAGAUGAUUGGAUACAAACCUUGCAUUUGGUGGAAAUUGUGUUGGGUGGUGUUUACACCUUUGAUUGUGGCUGGAGUGUUCCUGUUCAGUGCGAUCCAGAUGGUUCCCCUGACCAUGAAUAAUUACGUGUUCCCAAAGUGGGGACAGGGUGUAGGCUGGUGCAUGGCCUUGUCUUCUAUGGUCCUCAUUCCUGGCUACAUGGGCUACAUGUUCUUAACGUUAAAAGGCUCCUACAAAGAGCGUCUCCGGAUAAUGCUUCAGCCUACGGUUCUGGUCAAAAGCCAAGAGAAUGGGCCCGAGCAGCAACCCGAGAGUGUGAACGCAGUCAACGACGAGGCAUACAUCUAAAACCCUGGACAUUGCAGGCCCUACGGAACAAAAAUGAAACCAAGUAAUCAAGGUUGAACGCUAGCAGGGACUUCUAUGUCUAAAAUAUAAUCACCUACCUCCAGGGGAAAAAUGUAACCAACCAGAUUACAACUGUUUGAAAAUUUUAAUGUGUGUAUGAAAAAGAAAAAAAAACAACAACGAUCCAGCGAUGAUCUAGUGCUAGUUCGUAUUGCAUAUGCAAUAUAUUAGUCUUUCCAAAAUGUAACAUUGUAACAAUUACUGUUUGGAUCCCAAUGUGAUUGAACACUACUGUGCUAAUUCGAUAUAUAUAUUUACCUUAUGUAAUUAUGUUAAGAUAUUGUAUAAAGAUCUUAGAAUAGAAUCAAAUUGUAUUUGAUUGUAUUUGAAGACAUAUAAAAAAAAUAUGAAUGAAGUUAGUUGGCAAAAAUAUGACAAAUAUGAUGAACUGCAUCAUGUCCAGUUUUGAGCAGUGGCCAUUAUGGGAGCAUAUAGCUGGUCCUCAUGGCCUGUGUGAAAGGUUAUGAAAAGAGACUCCUACUGUUUUUAUUAUCCCAAACGCCUAAUCAAGCUGGAUUAGUUUUACCUGGGUGGGUACUGAAAAUUAAAGGUGUGGUCAGUGAUUUUUACACCAGAACACUUGUCAUAUUGGGUAAAGUUCUUGUCACAUUCCAGCAGCUGUCAUUGAUCUGUAAAUGGGGGGGGGGGG